AUGUGUCGGCGGUUUAUUCGACUGCAGGGUCUGUCUUUCCAACAUGCCGAUUCCUUGGAAGCUGGCCCGGGUCGCCACACGUCACUGAGAUUCCUCGAUCGAUCCAUUGUGGCGACCAGAUCGCGCCCAAUCCGGACAUUUGCUCAUCAUGUCCCUGCCUUGCGCUUCUCUUAUAAACGCGUUGCACAUAUCCCAGCCCCUUUGAAACUUGUCGCACCGUAUCGUACCUAUUCAACACAUCUGGGCCGAGGCUCGGAUACUUUGGACGCCGAAGACAUGAUUAUGGCUACUGAGCCACACGGAUCCGAGGUAAAGCCUGCGGAUAUUCUCAACGAAGAUAUACAUUCGCACAAAGCUGAAGCGGCAUUGGACCCCGAGUCCGAAGAGGACAUUCCACUCGACCCUGAGGAAUUCAAGGAGGCCCUGGGACGACCCCCACCAGUGAACAGCAGUUAUCUUCCUCUGCCCUGGAAAGGAAGGUUAGGAUAUGCUUGCUUAAACACCUACCUCCGCUACGCUACCCCUUCCGUAUUCUGUUCUCGAACAUGCCGAAUCGCCUCCAUCGUGGAGAACCGACACCCCCUCCAAGAUCCCGAACAGCCUGCGCAUCCGACUAAGAAUCGGCCGGACCGAAAUCUACCAGCUGAUAUUGCUCGUGGCCAGGCCUUUGUGCAGGAUCUCGGUCUAACGAAUGCGCGUGAUCUGGUCAAGAUCCUUCGUUGGAACGACAGGUAUGGCAUUAAGUUUAUGCGAUUGAGCAGUGAGAUGUUCCCAUUCGCUAGCCACAGAGAAUACGGUUAUAAAUUGGCGCCGUUCGCCUCGGAAGUGCUGGCGGACGCAGGCCGGGUGGUUGCAGAACUUGGUCAUCGGGUCUCGGUUCAUCCGGGUCAAUUCACGCAGUUUGGAUCACCAAGAAAAGAAGUGAUCGAGAGCUCUUAUCGCGAUCUUGAAUAUCACUCAGAGUUGCUUCAGCUUCUCAAGCUGCCCCCUCAGCAGGAUCGCGAUGCGGUCAUGAUCCUACACAUGGGCGGAGUUUUUGGUGAUAAAACUGCGACACUUGAUCGGUUCCGGAAGAAUUAUGCCAAGUUGUCGCAGGACAUCAAGAAUCGAUUGGUUUUGGAGAACGACGAUGUCAGCUGGUCUGUACACGACCUACUACCAAUCUGUGAGGAGCUUGAUAUCCCUCUUGUCCUCGAUUAUCACCACCAUAAUAUCAUAUUCGAUUCCAAUGAGCUCCGCGAAGGCACGCAGGAUAUUAUUGGACUCUAUGAUCGCAUUUCCGCCACCUGGUCUCGAAAGAACAUUACGCAGAAGAUGCACUACUCCGAGCCAACUGCCCCAGCAAUCACCCCUCGCCAACGCCGCAAACACAGUGACCGAGUAAAUACCCUGCCUCCAUGUGCAGACACUAUGGACCUGAUGAUUGAAGCCAAAGACAAAGAGCAGGCUGUCUUUGAACUGAUGAGAAACUUCAAACUUCCCGGCUAUGAAAAGGUGAAUGACCUAAUACCUUUUAUGCGUCCCGACGAAAACCAACCCUUCAAACCGCCAAAGAAAUCGAAGAAAAACGGCGGCUUUGUGGAUCUUGAGGGCUCAAUACCCCCUCCUCGCACCAUUCCCGAAGAAGAAAUCAGCAUGGGUGGCCCUGAGGGCAGAGUCUACUGGCCUCGUGGCAUGGAAGAAUGGCUCAGACCUGCGAAGAAGGUCGUCAAACCCAAGGCAGCCCCAAGCCUGAAGAAAAGCACACCGAAGAAGCUGAAGACCGAGUGCAUUGCGGACGACGUAUCUCUCGACACAGCCAAGGGAGAAAUUCCCAAGAAACCCAGGGCUGCCAAGCGCACGACCCCCUCUAAGGCCCGUGGCAAGCGCAAGGCCUCGGAGAUUGAGUCAACCCCUGAGCCAGAGGAGAUUAGUGAGAUUUCCGCUAAAUUGGACAGUGCUCCAUCUCGGGAAUCACUUUCUCGACGCAGUUUACAAGCAAAGAAGGUGAAUUACACCGAGGAUAGUGCUUAG